AUGAAUAGAGGAAUUCAAAAUUUGGCCGCUGAUGAUGGUCAGUUUGCUGCUCGUGAGAGAAAUCUCCUUUUAGAUGCUGAGGAAGUAAAGAUGUAUAAAGAUCGCAGAUACUCAUUAGUCUCAAACGAUAACCAGAAGGAGAUGAUAAAAAGUAGACUUGACAAAAACCCGAAGAAUUUCUCACCUUACGAAUUCGAUGCCUUAUACAAAAUAGUCUUAAUAGGAGAGAGUAAUACUGGAAAAACUUCAAUGCUGGUGAGGUUUGCUGACAGUGUUUUCACAGAGAACUAUUUGUGUACCAUUGGCGUAGAUUUUAAGAUCAAGACUUUGAAAAUUGAUUCAAAGAUUAUCAAAAUGUAGAUUUGGGAUACAGCCGGCUAAGAACGCUUCAGAUCAAUUUCUCAUGCUUAUUACAGAAACUCCCACGGAUGCGUUGCUGUCUAUGAUAUUACUAAUAGGUCAUCUUUUGAAUCCAUCGAAGAGCAAAUCUAGAGCUUCAUAUCAUACAGCGCGUAAGAUGUCGCCAGAAACAUUAUACUUGUUGGGAAUAAAACUGACCUUGAAGAUAAAAGAAAAGUGCCGUUUGAGGAAGCCGUCAGACUUGGAAAGAAAUUAAACUUAGCGGCUGUAUUUGAGACAUCAGCUAAGAGUAAUGAUUCUAUUGACGAUGCAUUCUUCAGAUCAAUUGUAAACUGUGUUGAUUUUUACAGUACUCCAGAUGAUGGCGGCCUUGCAAAAAGUAGUACAAGUCGUAGCAGAAAGUACAGUUAGUAAACGGAUGUUGUACCAAAAGGAGCAAGAAGCUUCAGAACAGGAUCAGCUUAGAAUGAGGAACUAUUUAGUUAAAAAGAAGACUAUCAUAGAAACUAUUUCACAUAGUAGAAAUAUAAUAACACUGGUGCUAAUGGUAGUGGACUUAUGAAUUCAUAACAGAUAAUUAAUAACAGCACUAUGAGUAAAAGUAGUUACUACGACAAACCGAUUUUAAUGUCACAAAUUUACCCAAAUGGCUAUAAAAUAAGAAAGGACAGUUAGGGAGGCCUACAAAAGAAGAAAGCUAUUAGCAAUAAUAGUACCUGCUGUUGA